AUGAACGGGUUACAUCAAGGUUUUACACUGCAGUUUCUUUUCCUUUGUCUAAUUGGUUGGGCGGUUGCUCGCGUUGGUGCAGCUUCUGCCAUCCGAGUUAGAGAUGACGAGCCUUCUUUGGAGUACAAAAGAGUACAUAACCAUCUAGAUACUUGGAAGGCAUAUUCGAGGAAGAAGCACACUGCAGCCGAGAUGUGUCUCAAGCCAAAGACUACUAGCGAACCGUCUUUUCUGAUACGUCCAAUACGCCGUGUCAAAGCCAGCGAAAUGACAGUUGAAGAGUUUAAUUCCAAGUUUGUGCACGCCGACCGAGCACUGCCCAUCAUUUUUGAGGAUGACAACUUUGACGAUUCGGAAUGGACACCUUCAAGCUUUAUUGAACAGUGUGGUGAUAUUCCAAUUGAAGAUUCAGAAGACGAAGAACUUGGUGAAAUACAUUCGGUUAGAGAAGUAUACGAGAGUUUGGUAGGAGAAAAAUGGGCUGGACUAGGAGUUCCAGAUCUAGACAAACACAACAUUGUGACCAUGGAAGACUUACUGAAUGCCCAAGGAACUCCCGAGGGAAAAGGUCUCUACCUGCACGAUGCCCCAUUGUCGUGGCAUUGCCCCCCAAAAGUUGACAAAAUCAAGGUACCCAAAUACUUUCCUCGAAAUUAUGAUGCUCUCUUGUGGCAACCAAAGGACCUUGGCAAAACGGCAGUGGAAUUGGAAUUUCAAUGGCCAUCCAUUUUCAUUUCAAAAGCGGGAACUGGAUCUCGGCUCCACAGCGACAGCCGCAUGACUCGGUUCUACACGCAAGUAUUGCAUGGAGCAAAGCUCUGGCGCGUCACACCACCUUCUGAGUACUGGCGCCUAGAUCCCCAAUCAAACCCCGAGACGACGUUCUAUCCAACUAUUUUUGGUGCCGAUAUCAUUGAACCAGAUUUUGAGAAACAUGAACACUUGGAUGGCACCUUGGUCUAUGAAACCAUUAUGAAGAAAGGCGACGUGCUUUUCUUGCCACAUGGAUGGCCACACCAGGUUCUCAACGUGAAAGAAUCGGUUAUGUCAGCAGUCAACUACUACGAUAGUACUGUUUUGGAUGUUGCCAAGCAGUGCCUCGAAUUCGAAGAAUACGAAACAAAUGAUCUGUAUGUGAUCAAGGCGUUCUUUAUGCCAUUGGAUGAUCCUGUCUUCAACGAUGGUGACCCAGAGCAAGACAUUUCUUGGUCAGAUUUCUUGCGAGGCCAGCACCUACAGGUUGCUGAAGUUCCAAAAUGGUUGAUUGAAAAAGUGAAGAAGGAGCCACACUGGAUGAUCAACUAUCGCGAUCUUGAUGGCUUCCCUGCCCUCCAUGUAGCAGUCGAAUACAACUUUAUGAAACUAGUCGCUUUUUUGAUCGAGACUGCCGGAGUGAAUGUCAACUUUAUCGAUCGCUUGGGCUCGACAGCACUUGAUCUUGUCAGGGAUAUGAACUAUCCAGAAAUGGAAAAACUUCUACUCAACCAUGGUGCCCUUUCUGCAGAGCAAAUUCGAUACAAGAAGGCAGCUAACCAAGAGCCACAGGCGAAGAGUCCUUCAUCAAGUUGGUGGCCGUUUUAG